AAUCAUUGAAAUGGCUUGUUCCUAUGGCCGUCAAUACCACCUGUGCCCGAGGCUUCUUGAGGUUUAGCGAAUGGGCUAAAUCGGGGACUGACAGGGUCGGGAGACGACCAGGUCAAGCAGAUCCAAUCGAGACGCUCUACCAUGCCGACAAGGCAAGGACCGAGGAUCACAUCGUCGAUUUAGUCGUUUGGCUUCACCACCUUGUCAACCAGAGUAACCGGCCAGCAAUGCAAAAGACCACUGACCUGCCUUUACAUCUAACCAAAAGUUGUACACUGGAGCUGUAGCUAUUCUUGCCAUGGAGGACGUGCGUUUUUCAUAUGUCCAGAUACAAU